GAAAGAGGAAGUCAUGUCAGAGUGUGGGGGGAGAGAGUGAAUGGAAGUUGCACACUGAGGCAGGGAGGAAAGUACACCGCACUUUAAAGUGAGAGUGUAGUUUGUCUUUUAUCAUCUAGUUAAACUGAUCAGCUACGCUGAGGUAUAGGUCUGGUUAGUGAAGGCGCUGCAGAUCUGAGCUGGAGGUGCAGCACAACGCUGUGGUUUGGAUCUCAUACCAAUGGAUACUGUUACAGCAGCAUCUCUGGCAAUAUGCUUCCAUUUUAAUACUGAUCACAUGGACACUGUACAACACAAGGAGGUGUACAGUUAUCAUGGAUGCCACUGAGUUAAUGAAAGCAAAGCCAGCCUGCAUCUACUCCACUGUCAACAGGCUAAAAACGUGCAGUCGUCGUGGGAGGGGGUUCCAGAUCGCUUCAGUCAAAGACAAAGGCACUGGGCAAAGGAGAGAGGGGCGACCGAAACACCCCUUAACCUCAUUAGUCAACCUGAGCAACCAAAGAGAAGAUUCACUCAUCAUGGCGAACAGGAGGCCAAACUGUGACCCUCACAGCAAUGACAAUACUCCUUCAGUUGGGAGUAAGUACCCCCGGCCCAAUGUAGGCAACAUUAAGGACAAGAUUUCACUGUGGGAGGGAAAGGAAGCCACUCAUUCUCCCGCUUCCUCAGCGCUUUCAGGCCAGUGUGCCAGCGCGAAAAAGGCAGAAUCCCAGACAAAAGGCAGCAGCAAAACUCCAGAUGAGAGUGGCAGGAGAGUAAAUAACCAAAAGGAAAAUCUGGGGAAGGAAAAUGUAGGAAAACCUUUGGAUUCAAGGCCUUGUUCACCUGUUGGGGAACACAUUAGGACACACAAAAGAGGGACCCUCAGGAGCAGCAAGCCCAGUGAAAACCAGAGAGACGACGAUGGGAAGAGAGAGACCAAGCAAAAAUACGAGAAAAAGAACGUAGAAAAGCCCGAGGAUUUAAGACCCUGUUCACCUGUGGGGGCUGGGAAACAGUUAAGAGGGACGCUAAGGAGCAAUAAGCCCAGCGAGGACCAGAAGCAGGAGGGUAAAAAGGAGACUAACAAAGACAUGAUAGAACAUGAGAAAGAAAACGUAGAGAAGCUCGCAGAUUCAAGACCUUGUUCACCUGAGGUGGCAGCGCAGCAGCAAGUGGGGACGUUGAGGAGAAGCAGUGACAGGAAACCAGCAGAGCAGUCCACGCAGGAGAGGAGGGACGUGUUCACGCUCUUCAAGAAGCUGGAGGCUUUGGGACAGAACCACGGGAAGACUCCCACAGAGCUCGGCAACUACUUCAGCCCGCCGAGCAAGGAGAAGCAGGGGGAUGCGAGGAGGAGGUCCGCGGGGGUCCCGGAGGGCAAGGAGCACCCGGAGAACGUGUACACGGAACCGGGCUCGCCCCCCAUCAACCCGGUCCCCAAGCCCAGACGCACCUUCCAGCACGCGACCCUCACCGGCUCAGAGAAGAGCCAAAAGGAGGGCAGGGCCCAGCGGAACCUCCCCCCGCUGCCCUCCGACCCAGCGUCACCCUCAUCAAAGCCUCCUUCUGGUGUUUAUGGGAGACAGAGGGGCGAGAGAGUGAGAGACAGCGUCAACAGGAAAUCCUUCGAGUUUGAGGACCUGGCAGGGUUGAGCAGCCCGCUCUCGUCUCGCUCACUGUCCCAGGAGCAUCACUAUGAAGACAUCCUGGACGCCUCCAAGGAGAAUCCAUACGAGGACAUUGAACUGGAGAGUCAGUGUUCCCAGCAGUCUUUGCCUUCGUCCCCUGGUGCCGACAUCUCAAAGGCCUCCAGACCCGGCUUCUUCAGGCAGAACUCGGGCAGGAGCUUCAAGCUGCUCGACCUGCGGCGAACCACCCAGCAGGCCCAGGGCUGUAGCAGCGGAGGCCUUUCAUCUCCACCGCAGCUCAGCCGAGCCUCCACCCCCACGGGGCCCGAACACGCACCCUGGGGCCCCGCAGACGCCUACAGCCGCACCUGCCGCCGCAUACCCACAGUCGUGCUGAGAAUCAACAGCAUCUUUGAGGCUCGUAUAGGGAAGAAACACCUAAGAAGAAUCUAUCAUUACGCUGAGACGAGCUCAGGAAGAGUGACAGAUGAGAACAGUGACUCUGAGAGCGAAGCUGAAGAAAGAGCAAAAGCUCACCGUCAGCGCCUGGUGUCGGUCCAGUCCAUCCUGAGCCAUCCGAGGCAGACCCAGGUCCACUACAAUGGUACAAGCCCCAGAAACGGCUCUUUGGAAAAGGAGCGCCACCAGCACCAGCGCAAACUUUUUGAAUAUUUCCUGGUUGUGUCGCUGCAGAAGUCCAAAGCCGGUGGCCACUAUCUGCCAGAGGUCACGCAGCAGUUCCCGCCUAAGUUGGAGAGAAGCUUUAAGUUCAUGAGGGAGACGGAGGAUCAGCUGAGGAUCAUUCCUCAGUUCUGUUUCCCUGAUGCGAAGGACUGGGAGCCAGUGGAGAACUUCCCGAGUGAGAUGUUCUCCUUUGUUUUGACUGGAGAAGACGGGAGCAGGAGGUUCGGAUACUGUCGCCGUUUACUGCCCAGUGGAAAAGGCAAACGCCUUCCAGAGGUUUACUGCAUCGUCAGCCACCUCGGCUGUUUCAACCUGUUCUCCAAGGUUCUGGACGAGGUGGAGCGGCGGCGGGCUCUGUCUCCGGCGCUGGUGCAGCCCUUCAUGAGAGCCAUCAUGGAGGCCCAGUUUCCAGCUCCGGGCCGGACCAUCACCGUCAAAACCUUCCUCCCCGGCUCAGGCACCGAGGUGAUGGAGCUGUGUCGGCCCUCGGACUCCCGCCUGGAGCACGUGGACUUCGAGUGCCUGUUCUCCUGCCUGAGCCUGCGCCUGCUCCUCCGGGUGCUGGGCUCGCUGCUGCUGGAGCGGAGGGUCAUCUUCACCGCCGACAAACUCAGCACGCUGUCCCAGUGCUGCCACGCGGUGGUGGCCCUGCUCUACCCCUUCGUGUGGCAGCACACCUACAUCCCCGUGCUGCCCUCCGCCAUGCUCGACAUCGUCUGCACCCCGACCCCGUUCAUCGUGGGCCUGCUGUCCAGCUCCCUGCCUCAGCUCAAGGAGCUUCCCCUGGAGGAGGUUCUGGUCGUGGACCUCGGAAACUGCCGAUUCCUCAGACAGUUGGAUGAUGAAGACUCCAUCCUGCCCUCAAAGCUCCUGUCGGCCCUGGAGAACAUUCUGGAGAGAAGAAAGGAGCUUGCGAGUGAACGAGGAGGUGACGUGCCCAGUGACUCUGAACACCUGAGCACCGUCGUGUCCGAGGCGUUCGUCCGCUUCUUCGUGGAGCUGGUCGGCCACUACCCCCUCUUCAUCGUCAGCGAGCGGGAGGAUGGCUACUCCUCCUCCUCCUCAUCCCCGCUCCCCUGCUCGUUCCAGCGGGAGGGCUUCCGUAAGGCGAUGCCAUCCAAGACCAUGCGGCGCUUCCUGGAGGUCUUUAUGGAGACCCAGAUGUUCGGCUGGUUCAUCCAGGAGAGAGAGCUGCACAGGAAGACUCUGAGAGGACUGUUUGAAAUGAGGGUGCAGGAGUAUCUAGACUCUAUCCACGAGAAUGAACACAGGAGAGUUAACAGGUUUCUUAAAGGCUUGGGAAACAAAAUGAAAUUUCUCUCCAAGAAAUAACUGCACAGAACACGUAAAUUAAAUAAAACACAGAAUAAAGGAGAGAUUUUAUGGACACGGGGAAGAUGAUCAUUUAUGUUAGUUUUCAUCCUCAAGGACCCAUUGUAAAGAUUCUGUCUUUGGUAAAUCACAAUUUGUUCUCACUAAUGAAGGAAGCUAGGACAACAGAGCAAAAGAAAUGGUUGUUGACACAACUGUACACAGAAAUAAUAGUGGCGUUAAGUAUAUUACUGUAAGAUAAUUAUGUGUUAUAAUAAAGCCUGAGUGAAUCAGUGUAGAAUGGUAGUGAUCUCAUGUGUUAGUUAGGGAUUUAAAUAGCAUUCAAUCUGAAUGAUCUUAAUCUAUAUGAUACUUUCUGAAUCCACCAGGGGGCAGUAGUAGUUUUCUCAUAAUAGAAGUUAUUGACACUGACAAAGCAAAAAAUGCCACAAAUCUGCAUUCCUGCUGUUUAAUGCUCCAGUUUUUUCAAGGUCGAAACACUGUAAACAGAAUAGAAUGAUUGCCUCAAUGUUCAUUUGUUUUAUUAGCAAUCUAAUGCCAAGGUCUGUUUCAUUGCACUGAAUGUCAUUUUUGUAAGCCUCUAUGCCCUAUACACAGAUAUUAAAUGAUGAGAUUUGGGGGUUUUGUCAA